AGAAAUGGCAGCCUCGUUUUGAGAAUAUGUGACCUUUCACCUCCUGGCCAUCGUGGAUUGCAUGUCCGGGUGCAAGAUUGCAGAAAAAGGGGGUUUGUGUCAAAAAAAGAGGCUCUUAAGGUAAAAGAUGCCACCAAAGAAGAAGGGAGAAGAACCCAAACCACCCCCACUGAUCGGGAGAGUUGGUACAUCCCUGAAAGUGGGCAUUGUGGGAUUGCCCAAUGUUGGCAAGUCAACGUUCUUCAACGUGCUGACAAAAAGUCAGGCGUCAGCGGAAAACUUCCCCUUCUGCACUAUAGACCCCAAUGAGAGCAGGGUACCCGUACCUGAUGACAGAUGGCAUUGGUUGUGUGACUUCCACAAGCCUGCAAGCAAAGUGCCAGCCUUCCUGCUAGUGACGGACAUAGCAGGACUGGUUAGGGGCGCACACGAAGGUCAAGGGUUAGGAAACGCCUUCCUGUCGCACAUCAAGGCAACGGACGCCAUCUUCCAUAUGACAAGAGCGUUCGAAGAUGACGAUGUAACGCAUGUCGAGGGGGACGUCAAUCCCGUACGCGACAUGGAAAUCAUCCAUGACGAGGUGAGGAUGAAGGAUAUCGAAUAUGCGGAAUCGCAAGUCUCCAAGAUGGAGAAGACAUGCAUUCGCGGGGGGAAUAAGCAACAGAGACCGGAAUACGAAUGUUUACUAAAAGUUCAGACCCUCCUAACGGAAGAGAAGAAACCUGUUCGCUUUGUGGAAUGGAGUGCUCAAGAGAUCGAGAUCCUGAACAAACAUCUUCUCAUCACCUCCAAGCCGAUGAUCUAUCUGAUAAACCUGUCGGAGAAGGACUACAUCCGCAAGAAAAACAAGUGGCUUGUGAAGAUGAAGCAGUGGAUUGAUGAAAACGACAAGGGUGCGCGAGCGAUCCCGUUCAGUGCUGCCUUCGAGCUGAAAAUGCUGGAAAUGGAGACAGACGAAGAACGAGAAAAGUAUGCGAAGGAAGUGGGCGCAACAAGUGUCCUGGACAAGAUCAUCGUGGAUGGAUUCAAGGCCCUCAACCUGGAGUAUUUCUUCACCUGCGGGCCUGAUGAGGUCAAGGCCUGGGUCAUCCAGAAGGGCACCAAGGCCCCCCAGGCGGCAGGGAGGAUCCAUAGCGACAUGGAGAAGGGGUUCAUCAUGGCGGAGGUCAUGAAGUUUGAGGACUUCAAGGAGGAGGGGAACGAAGCAGCGGUCAAGUCUGCAGGAAAGUACAGGCAACAGGGAAGGAACUACAUCGUCGACGAUGGUGACAUUAUCUUCUUCAAGUUCAACCCUCCGACACAAGGCGGCAAAAAGGCGAAGUAGGGAUCCAACUGCAGAUGCUUGUCUCCCCUCAAACAGCAAUGGUUCGGCCCAAACAUGCUCCCCACAACACAAGCUCAAACUCCUGUUUGUAAAUAAAUGCUUCUGAUUCUGGU